CCGCGCGCGUUUGCACGCACGCACGUGUGGAUGCGUGUGCGCGCAGGCGGAGGAUCGCCGAGUCGAGCCGUACCGUGCAGCAGGCACAAGCCGCUGGGCGCGCAGGAGAAGCCGCAAAAAAAGCCACGGUGACAGCAGCCGCUACUUCGAAACUGCAGGAGCGCAGAGGGAGCGUCGGAACUUGACGAGGCCAGAGAUCCAAAAUGGGAGGCAAGCUCAGCAAAAAGAAGAAGGGAUACAACGUAAACGAUGACAAGGCCAAAGACAAGGAUGCCAAAGCAGAGGGGGCCUCUGCCGAGGAGAGCGAAGCACCGAAAGACAACAAAGACGAGGCCCCGGCUGCCACCCCCGAUGCUAAGGAGGUAGCAAACGACACAGCGGCCAAGGAGGCGCCGGCAGCAGCAGACGCCACCGCGCCGAAAGAGGAGGAAAAGAACGCAGCUCCAGCCGCAAAGGAGCCUGAGAAACCCGCCGCCAACGCCGAGCCGAAAACAGAGGCCCCCAAGAGCGCAGAGCCCGCCAAGGCCGAGGAGAAACCAGCCGCUCCCGCCCCGGCCAAAGAAUCGGCCCCUGCCGCCAAGGAGCCCGAGGCUAAGGCCGCGGCGCCUGCCCCCGCGGCGCCUGCCCCCGCGGCUGAGAGCAAAGAUGAGGCCGACGCCAAAAAGACUGAGGCCCCCGCGGCACCAGCAGCCAAAGCCGAGGCGGCCCCCGCUGCCUCCCCUGACCCCAAGCCCACAGAGGCAGCGGCGGCGGCGGCUCCAGCACCGGCAAAGGAGGCCGCCGCAGCAGCAGCUCCUAGUUCAACACCAGCCGCCGAGCCUCCCGCCAAGGAGGCGAACGCCACAGAGGCACCAAGCAAGGAUCAAACCGUAGCAGUUCAAGAUUAAUGGACAGCUUCUUUUCGGAAAUGAAAAAAUAAAGUACCUAACUCAACGACAACGAAGAUUAAAAAGAAAAAAAUUGAAAUUAACUAGCCCACCCAUAUUAUGAUAAUAACAAUAAUAAUAAUAAUUGUAAUGAUGAUGAUUUGUUGAAUGAGGAGGACUGGAGCAAACACCUGGAGAAGAAGUUUCCCACCGAUGAUUAUUGCUAUUAUUAUUGUUAUGUUUGAUUUUAUUUUUUUUCUGCUGUAGUAUUUGAACUUUGAUACGAGUCUGUGUCGGCCUCGCCAUUCCACAUCCAUCAUCCCUUCAUCUCCCUCAUACGGUCAAGAGGUUUAACCCAUCCCAGCCUGCGUUCUCAUGGGGGAGGGUUUGAGAAAUCACUCUACCAGCUGGACUUCCAUUCAAUCCGUCCAAUCUUCGGCUCUCCCCCUUCCACUCAUCCUCCUCUUUGGAGUAUCGUGUUCUCGGCUUUGGUACCUGGUACCUACAGUUUUUCGGUGCCGUGGAAUUGUGGUUGUAUCCUUUUUUAAACCCAUCUCUUCCACGCCCCGCCCUGUCCCGGCUUCUUUCUUUGGUUUCGUUGGGUUGUGUUGCUGCCCAUCAUUUCAGAAGAACUCUUAAAAGAGAGUUUAAAUUUAUCGGGAGGAUCGAGCGCGUUCGGGCUUUCGUAGACAUUCCGGAGGGCUGAAAAAACGGCUGACUUUGCAGAGCUGAACAUAUUCUUAGACGUAUAAAAACAGUCGUAGGAAUUUUUCAGAUAAACCUCUAGAUUUUGUACUGAAACCCUUAGGUAUAUUGUAAGUGAACUAAGUGGUUUUUUAACAUUUGUAAUACGUUUAGAAAACAUCUGCAAAGCCUCGCUGAACGCAGAUCUCUGCCGUGUGCUUAGAAAGUCAGACGGGAAACCUCGGAUCCUCCGUUUAAAAAAAAUUCAUUUAUAAAAACAUAUCGACUGCUGACCUGGACCAAACAGUCCGUACAAUCACAUCCUGGAGAGAGUUUGACCUCGUUGGCCUCGUACCGAUCUUAGAAUACUCAGUUGGUGACGAAUCCGUCACUAAACCGACCGUGAAGAACUCACAUCCUUCACUUACUUGAGUAAAAGUGGAACUCCAUCAAGCAGACAUUUUUACAGUAGAUGUACUGUAAGUUCAUUCUGCUUAAGUCAAAUAUACUUAAGAAUUUAAAGUAUAUUGUGAAAUAUAUCAAUACAGAGGACAACCUCCCACAAAACCUGGAGAUUCAAAAUGAAACAAAAACUCCCAAAAAACACAAAGAAGAAGAUCUCAAACUUCUGCCUGUGAAUCUUCUCAGAUUCAAAUUUACAAUUGUGUCUGGUCAUCUCAUGAAUGUCUCCACAAUAACAAACUCAAUAUAUGCAGGAAUGUUCUGCAACAAGAGAAAAACUCCAUCUGAAACUGGCAUACCCAAUCCAAGCAUAAGUAACGGAGCGCGUCCCGUGGAGCAAACCUCGCCAGUUUAUCAUCUCAGCAGGUGGAGACACCUCAGACGAGCUCGUUUACAGCUGCUGUUUGGUCCAGGUCCGUUUGGAUCCGUGUGGCUCUGAGUCAUGAACAGUUUGGUCCCAUCGAGGGCAGGCGGAGGAGGAGGAGGAGGAGGAGGAGGAGGAGGUGACGGGGUUCAGUGAAUGAUCAGAUCCAUCAGCUACUUACUUACUCGUUCUGCUUUGUUUCAUACGCCACGCUGUUAUUAUGGGAUGGAAAAAGCCUUGCAACAUGAAAAGGGAGCUCCUGAUUUCAUCACCCCUUCAUGCAUUUCAUUUUUAAUUUUAUAGAAAUAUAUACGGCAUGUAAGUAGAGAUGGAAGACAAGUACUCGCUUUUACUCAAGUAAAGGAAGGAAGGAAGGAAGGAAGGAAGGAAGGAAGGAAGGAAGGAAGGAAGGAAGGAAGGAAGGAAGGAAUCAGCAGUAAAAGCUAUUUAAGCAUUCAAACUUUAAGUAGUGGGAGUGACAGAGAAACUUUUUAUGCUUUUAUAUGAGCUGAAAAAGGGAAGUAGGAAAAAGUAAGGACAGAUUGAAGGAAGGAACGAAGUAACAAGGCAGGAAAGAAACGAGGAACGAGUGAAAUAUCAUCAGAUGUUUCAUAAUCAGUCAGAUACCAGCACCCCAAAAAGUGAACGAGGUUUCCAUGGUUACAUGCAUGCAGGUAUAUGUUUCUAUACUCACUCCCCUCAUUCAUCAGUUCAUCCACCUGACGCACGGCGUUUUCCUCCCGCCACUUGUCAAACCGUAGCAGAAGCAAACACUCGCGGAGCGUUUGUGUGUCACCUGGUUCCGUUUUUUUCUUCCUCUCUUGACUCAGUAACUUGCAUGUCCGUGGUUGGGUGAACCUGUAGUCCUGUCUUUUUGGUCAAGUGGAAAAAAAAACAAAAACAACAAUUAUUAUUUCUCAGUCUGCAUCCAUCCAUAGCAACUACAGUUGAUAUUUUCAUUUCAUGUCUCACCGCCGCUAUUUCCACACACACACACACACACACACACACGCACACACACACACACACACACUCGUCAUUCAAAAACAAAACAAAAAGAUGACAUGGAAAUUGAUGCAUUCAAAAUUAUAUGUACUUGUAUAAAUGGUGCAACAGUAAUAAAAUGUAAGAAAUUGACUGAAA